AUGAACUCUAGCGACUAUAGGGUCACGGCUCUACUAACGGAGCACCUUGGUUUUGCCCCGCUAACCUUGGUGGACGAAGUUAUUAAUGCGGUUAAUAAAAUCAUGUACAAUUGCACCGAUGCGUUGGAAAACUUCCUCGUAAAACGCCGAGAGGCGCAACUAAAAAAGCUACGGAUGCAUAACGGAAUUGGGGAAGACGAUGCUGAUAUUGACACUGACGGCUUUAUGACCGAUCAAAUCGCUGCUGCUGAAAGGAACGGUGAGGUAUUCCCAUACGCGGAAAUCAGAAGUGGGACCGCAGAACUAGAAACGCUACUAGUGUCUCAUGUAGACAAGAAUUUCGACAAAUUUGAGCUCUAUACGCUACGAAAUAUUCUCACCAUGCCCCGGGAUCUUGUGGAAGAUGGCUGGGUCAGACUCAAGCACCAUGAGCACCUCGAUACUGUAGAUUUCGCCAGUGUUUCCGAAGAUUCAAGUGCCCGAAUCAAGUCCCUUAUCAGAAACAUCAGCAUGGAACUACAGCUACGAAAGCUCUUGCAAUUUCAGUUGGCCAAGGCCAAGAAGUUGGUCAGUCUACUCACCCGCUAUAAGCACAGCAUCGACUCGCUCAUUCUGACACAUCUGGAUACCGAGCUUUCCCCGGACUCUGCGCGUAUAUUGAAGGAAAACCUCACCCCCAUGAAUGAAAAUAUUUACUACUUGCUUAGCCAGCUGAACGACCUCAUAGAGCAGGCACUUCGGCUCAAACAGACUUUCACCAAAGACACAGCGCUAAAAGAGGGGGGUCAGGUGCAAUUUUGGCCUACGAAUCGCGAGGACUACAUUCGCGAAAAAACAAUCAAGCUUCUUGAAAACAUCACAGGAACUUCUCCGGGCUCGCGGCCCUCAGCAGCCUGA